AUGAGUGAGCCGAAUCCAAAUCGGGUACUCGAAUCCGUGACCCGACCCGUUGGAGGCACCGAGUACAGCUGGUGCAGAGCAAUCGCCGGCGGGACAGGCAUCGCCGUCAUAGCUCUCUUACUUUCCCGAACCCCCAAACUGGAAAAUCUCCAAAAUACCCUCAACAAACUCCAGAUUUACCACCCUAUCCUCCGCUCAAGCUUCCGUUUCGACGCAUCCGCAAACUCCUUCUCCUUCGUGACGUCCGCCGAUUCAAGCGUCGAAAUCCAGCCAUUUGAUUCCGCAUCUACGGCUCAGAUCAUCAGAGAUAGCGACGAUCCAUUCGCCGACCCGCACAGGAUCAUCCUAGAACACGAGAUGAACAAGAACACAUGGAUCGAUCCACAUCGUUGGACUAACGGCGAAGCCGGCGUGUUUUUCGUCAGCCUUUACGAUCUGAGAGACGGCGAGGAAAGGAUACUGACGUUUCGUCUGAACACAGGGGCUUGCGAUCGGACUUCGGCGGUUACGCUUCUGAGGGACUUCAUGAGAGAGACGACGGCGACCGAUGGAUGUGGUGGCAACGGUCCCGUGGCGGAGACGGCGGGGUUGGGUCAGGCGAUAGAGGAGCUGGUUCCGAGUGGGAAAGGGAAUAAACCGUUUUGGGCGCGUGGGAUCGACGUGCUGGGUUACUCGCUGAACGCAUUCCGGUUCUCGAAUUUGAAUUUCGUGGACGCAGAGGAAUCGAAUCGGAGGUCCCAAGUGGUGAGGCUGAAGCUGGAAAGAGAUCAGACUCUCAAACUUGUGGCUGUGAGUGACUCUCUGCUAACAUUCUAUUAUUUGCGUAUUAAGCAUAUAGUAUUAAUAUUUCUUUCCAGUAAUGCGUGCGUAUUAUUAUAUGCAUCAUAUAUAUAG